CGCUGUUUGUCGUUGAGCUUUUUCACUUUCGAAUUCCAUGGAUCACCUGUCUCAUCUUAUUCAUUCUUACUUCAUAGUGUCUUACCUAUUAUCUAAUUCAUAGACGCUCUUUUAUUCAGCUAUUUUUUCUUAAUUUUGUAUUGACACAAUGCCGGCGUCCGAAUAUUCCAAAGACACUGACCGAACUACAGAUGUACAGACACAAGAUGAGACGCCGUUCAGUGACAUUAUAAAGGACCAUCCACUUAUAUUGAAAGGUCUGUCUGAUUGUGAGUUUAUAAAUGCUUCUCCAAUACAAGUUGCCGCUCUACCAACAAUCAUCGCAGGAAAUGACACAAUAGUCGAGGCGAAAAAUGGAACUGGAAAGACAUUAACUUUUGUUAUACCAACUUUGAUUAAAUUAAAAUUAGAGCAAAAUCAUUUACAAACUAUUAUUUUGGCACCAACACGAGAAAUCGCUGUCCAAAUUCAACAGUGUUUCAAAAAAGUUGGACAGCACUUACCAGGACUGAAAUGUGAAUAUUUCAUUGGUGGUACUCCUGUUGAUGUUGACAAACAGAAGGCAAAAUGCUGUCAAAUAGCUGUUGGUUCUCCAGGACGCAUCAAACAUCUACUCAAUGAUCAUGUGUUAAAAUGUUCAGAAGUAAAGAGCUUUAUACUUGAUGAAGUUGACAGAUUGUUUACUGACAAAAGUUUUAUAAAAGAUGUUCGACUGAUUGAUGCUAAACUUCCAAAAUUAAAGCAAACAAUAGUUGUAAGUGCAUCAAUUGAUAAAAAUGAUAUGUCUGUUUUUGACGAAUUCAUGAAAGAGUACAUCAUGGUCAAGGGAGCAGAAGAAGAUAUGAAUGCGUUACAAGAUCCAUCAAAGUUCCUAUUAGGUAUUAAGCAGUAUGUAGCAUGUGUUAAAGCAGUCAGUACUAAUAUAAUAUUAUUACCUGCAAAAAAUGUGCGACUUCUCAAUAUAUUACAAAAUUUACCAUACACUCAAUGUAUCGUAUUCACUAAUUACAUGACAAGAGUUGAAGCUGUUUGUAAUAUGCUACGUGACCAUAACUAUAAAGCUGAUUAUAUUAGAGGUGAUCAAGAUCAAAGUAUUCGAUUGAAGUUAGUAGAUAGAUUAACAUCUUUUAAAUCAAAAAUACUUGUUGCCACUGAUUUGAUAGCCAGAGGAAUAGAUUCGUCAAAUGUGGACUUGGUGAUUAAUAUGGACUGUCCAAAUGAUUGGGCUACAUAUCUACAUAGAAUUGGCCGAGCUGGAAGAUUUGGAAACAAAGGAAAUGCUUUUACUAUUUUGGAUGAUGACAAAGAGUUGAAAUCUUUUAAACAUAUUAUUAACAGUAUUGAAAGUGUUAAGGUAAAAAUGUUACCGAUUGCAAUUACAAAACCUAUACUUGAAUAUGCAGACAGCGAGCUUGAAGAUCUUAAUUUAACAAUUGAACCAGAAAUGUUACCAAUCCAAGAUACUGAAGAUGAAAUCACUAAAGAAAAUGGAAAUAAUGUAAUUGAAGAAAACUUAAAUAAGGAUAAUGAAAGUGAUUCUAUGUUUAUUCCCAAUGACAUUAAAUCAAAUAUUAGCAGUCUAUCUGAAAAAGAAUCACUUCAAAACCUUUGUGAUAUUGUUAAAGAAACCGAAAAAAAACUCAUUGAAGAAAACAUGGUUGAUAAAAGACAUUUAAAUGAUGACAGAUCUUUUGUGUUAUUUGAUCCAGAACCUUUACUUGAAAGCACUGAUCAAUAUACAAAAUAUAGUCCUGAUGAACUGUUAGACAUUAUAACAAAUUAUGAUUCAGAUUUUGAGAAAUAUGAAGCUAAUAAAAAACUAAUGUUAAAAAACUUUACACUUGAAACCGUAAGUGAAAAUGAAUCUUCUAAUAUAAAUCAAAUAUGUGAAGAUAAUGAUAUGAAAAAUAUAUCCAACACUACUGAUGAUAAAAUAAAUGAUAUAAAUACGGAUCAGCUUUUACAGAGCCAAGAUAAACCUCAAAUUAAUUGUGAAGACAAACAAUUUAUUCAUGAAGUGUGUACAGAAAGCAAUUUUUCUAAUGAAUCAAAUAUUGAUGACACAAAAAUUGAUAUAAAUAAUAGUGAACGACUACGAUUCACUAAUAUUUAUAGUUUAUUUCAAAUACCAGAUUUUAGCCUUUUAAAGCCAGUACAGCAUGAUAGUGAAUUUUCUCAUUUAACAGACGUAGAAGAGAGUGAUGCCUCAACUAUGAUGUGUGAAAAGGAUAGUGAAGAUAAAGAAUCAUUGAAAGAAGAAAACUGUGAUGAAGAAGAAUACUGCAAUGAAGAAGAAUCCUGCGAAGAAGAAUACUGUGAUGAAGAAGAAAAUUACGAUGAAGAAUACUGUGAAGAAGAAGAAGAAGAAGAAGAAUAUUGUGAUGAAGAAGAAGAAUACUGUGAUGAAGAAGAAUCGUGUGAUGAAGAAUACUUACAUGAAGACGAAUAUCAUGUUAAUCAAGAAAAUGCCAAUGAAAAAGAACAUUGUGAUAAUAAAAAACAAUAUGAGGAAGAAACUAAUUUAGAAGAACAAUUUAAGGAAAAAAUUAAAUCAAUAGCAAAAAAUAAAAGAUUUGAUGAACAUAUUACAAAUAAAAAUUGCUUUUAUGGUCAACAUAACAGCCACGAGAUACAUUUUGUGAAAGACAGCAAUAAAUCUAUACAGAAACCGUUUUGCAACAAUAUUCAAGACUAUAAUAGACCUAAAAGAAAAGAAGAAAAUAUUGAAAUCAAUGAUCAUCAAAUAGUAGAUUAUGAAAUUUUAAAUGACUGGUAUGGCCAGUGGAAACAACAAAUGAAUCGCAUACAAACAUUUGUCAGGAUGAGUAAGUGAUCAUCUAGUGUAAUAAUAAGCUAUAAAUUCAAGAGAACUGAAUGAUAUUAUAUUAAGUACAAUUUUACUCUGUAUUAAAAUUAAAAUUUUAGUUUUUAUGUUUAGGUAAAUAAAUGAUAUUCACCGAUUUUAUAUUUUAUGUAAUAAUAUGUGUCCGUACAUUUUU